AUGUUUUUGAAUGUGUUGGCAUUGACACCCUUGUUGGAAAGAUUUGAAGCCGAACACGGAACGCUUACUUCGUUGGCAUUGUUCUUUGGGCCUCUAUCGACACUCCCCGGAGGCCUUUAUAUACUGUUUGAAAGAUAUGUUUUCCGAGGAGAUGUUGCAAUUUUGGGAUGCAGUAUUUGGAUAUUUCUACUGCUUGGUUCGGAGGCAAUGAAGACAUACAAAUCAAAUCCUCAUUUUAGUUUGGGGACAUAUCAGAUACCAACUUGGACAACGCCGCUUAUUGCGAUUGUCUUUGUAUAUGCUUUGGUUGCAAAUACUAGCUUUUUAGGGCAUCUAUGUGGAGUCAGUGUUGGCUACGUCCUUGGCCUUGGAUAUCUUAAGAUUUUGUUUCCUCCAGAGAAAAUUCUUCGAUGGUUCGAAGGCAAACUGAACCUCCUCGGAAUUCUCCCUCACUAUGUAUCCGUGGAUCAAAAGACAUACGGAAGACUUUUGCCAGCGAAUUUGACCCUCAAACUACGCCGCGAUCCGCGCCCUUUAUCCCAUCUUCCUCCCUAUAUCUCUUCUUUCCUCGUCCUUAUUGGUGUGGCAUGGCUGCUACUACUCCCAUUAAAUGAAUACUCCCGACAAACUUAUAUCUCUGAAAAUGCGCUGUUACCGGGACAGGUGCAUACCUACUUUAGUGGGAGCGAGCAGAAUAUAUUUCGGGGGUAUCGGCAAGAAAUUGAAGCAGUGAAGGACGCGGAGUAUGACGUCGUCUCUCAGAAAUUCCAAUCAAUAUUGCGAGAAUCUGGCCUGAAAGUUGCGACGCAGAAUUACGAGUAUCGAUCUGCUGGAAAUACUCAUUCCGGCCAGAAUGUCUACGGUAUUAUUCAAGCCCCUCGAGGGGAUGGAACGGAGGCGAUUGUUUUGGUAGCUGCGUGGAAAACCAUCAAGGGCGAGCCAAAUCUCCAUGGGGUUACGUUGGCAUUGACUCUUGCAAGGUAUUUCAAGAGAUGGUCACUCUGGUCAAAGGAUAUCAUAUUUCUUAUCACUCCCGACAGUAAAUCGGGGGCCCAGGCCUGGAUUGAUGCCUACCAUGAUAUGCACCCUUCCUCUGUCGAUCCUCUACCUCUUAAGAGUGGUGCCUUACAAGGCGCCAUUAUUUUUGAAUACCCUUUUGACCAUCGCUUCGAAUCCAUUCACAUUGUCUACGAUGGAGUUAAUGGCCAAUUGCCUAAUCUAGAUCUAAUCAACACUGCUGUAUCCAUAUCAGGCGGGCAAAUGGGUAUAAAGGCAGAGCUACAAGAAAUGUGGGGUCAUGACGAUCGGUACAAAAUGCGCCUACAGACCAUGCUCAAAGGGAUGAUGCGGCAGGGCUUGGGUAGCGCCGCGGGCCUGCACAGCAGCUUUAUUCCGUAUCAUAUCGACGCUAUUACGCUUCAAACUGUGGGAAAUGGGUGGCAAGACGAAAUGGCUCUGGGAAGAACGGUGGAGAGCCUCGUUCGGAGUUUAAACAAUUUAUUGGAGCACCUUCAUCAAAGCUUCUUCUUUUAUUUACUCAUGCAGACAAACCGGUUCGUUAGCAUUGGCACCUAUCUCCCAUCUGCGAUGUUGAUUGCUGGCAACUUUACCGUUAUGGCUAUUGCAUUGUGGAUGAAAAGUGGAUAUUCUCCGGACGAGAUAAAGCAUGAUACGCGUACAGAACUUAGCCCGAAGAAAGAAAAGAAAGUAAAGGACUUUGACAGUAAAUCCAUUGCGAGUAACGGAACAACUCUGGAGCGACAUCUUACUCUCCCAGUAGCCCUGGUUACUGGAUUGCAUUUCCUGGGUGUCGUCCCACUCUAUAUCUUCAAUCAUCUUCCUCAGCAGCUCCUUGCUCCGACUGCUUAUUACUUUGCUCUCAUCAAUAUACUCAUUCCCGUCAUCCUCGCCUUGUUACUCGAGCGAUUCCGCAGGCCUACAGUACAGGAAUUUUUAUUGAUAAAAUCGUUUUCUCUCCUUCUUCUCGGGCUGUUUCUCUCGGCGCUGGCUACUUUGAAUUUCUCCCUUUCUCUUCUACUAGGUCUUUUCUGCACCCCGCUUUCGUUUAUUGGAUAUAUUCAACAUCAGGGCUCAAAUUCUGCUAAACAGGGCAAUGCCAACAAAACUCCGACGCGCGGGGAACCACAUGUGCUUGUCAAAGUGAUAACCGGCGUGGCGAUCCUUAAUCUAGUUGCACCUACUGCGGUUCUUUUAGGCGCGUCUGCGAUAGCGAAUGUCUCUGUGGAGAUGAUACUUACUGAGGCGGCAUUUGGGUGGGAUGUUUGGGGCAUGUGGACACAAGUUGCCGUGUGGUGUGUAUGGUGGCCGGCAUGGUUAAUUGGCACAGUGGGAGCAAUCUCGUCUGUACUAUAUUAG